AUGGGGUUAUCAGCUUCGAAGCGAGUCAAGAGUAGCCUUCAGAACUCGCCGAAGUUUGACUCAGUCUGCGACUCGGUCUACUCGGAGUGUCUCGACCUGAGCGAACACGCCUUCGCUGGCGUUCGUCCCUACCAGCUCUCCGGCGCCUCACUGCGGCUCCACCAGUCCCUCUGCGAUCACCACCCCCUCAUCAAGCGGUGGGUUCCAUCUCCUCCGACUCAAUUACAGGUCGACCGCGCUCUCCGAGUUGUAACUCGCUCCGGAGACUCGGUCCAGGACCAAACGCUAGGGAGGGUCGAGUUCAAGGCCUUCGAGGUGGAGCUCUUCGCCGACGCCGUCGUGGCCGGCGCAGGACAAGCGUUGCUGCGGCGAGUGCCGAUUGGAGUGGCUGGGAUUGCAGGAGUUGGGUUGGUGGCUAGGUCAGGGAAGGAGUUGGUGGCCACGGCGAUUGGGGUCUACGCGCUUGGUGUUGCUACGUCUGUUUAUCUUGGUUUAUCUGGCUAAGGUUGUAUACGUGGCAUCAUCUUAGGCUAUCUGUAAGAACAAGGCGUCCAUGAGCCGUUGAUUAUUCAAUGGCUCUGAUUUGGAAUGAAUACUGAUUGUAAUUAUCUAUUUUAAAUUAAAAUAAAGUAAAAUUUUUUUCUUAAA